UGUCCCCUCCACUCUUUCCAUUCAAUAUGGGUUUGAAAAUGUAAUUUGUGUGUUCAGCAUUACGUUAUCAUAUCAUGUCUUUGUAAUCUGUUGUUAAGGAGAAAGCACUUAGCCUGCAUUCAUCUCUGUGUUUGAAGCUUAAGGGACUUUUCUUUGAACUUUGUACAAGGUUACAUGAAUCUUUUUUUGUUCUUUAGAGGUUAGGGCCAACCAACACUCUGCAUUUCGUGGUCAGAGAUGUGAAAAAGGGAAACCUACCGCCAGAUUACCAGAUCACCUUGAUUGAUAUUGGACUGGUUCUGGAGUACCUCAUGGGAGGGGCAUAUCGUUGUAACUAUACUAGGAAAAGUUUCCGUACACUUUAUAAUAACCUCUAUGGACUCAAAAGACCGAAAGCGCUGAAACUUCUGGGUAUGGAGGAUGAUGACCCAAGACCCAAAGGUAAAAAGAAGAAGAAGAAGAAGGAGGAAGAGAUCGAUAUCGAUGUUGAUGAUCCAGAGGUCAGUCGAUUUCAGUACCCCUUCCAUGAGCUGAUGGUGUGGGCUGUUCUCAUGAAGCGUCAGAAGAUGGCACUGUUUCUCUGGCAGAGGGGAGAGGAGGCCAUGGCCAAAGCUCUGGUGGCCUGUAAACUCUACAAAGCCAUGGCACACGAGUCCUCACGGAGUGAACUAGUGGAUGACAUUUCCCAGGACCUGGACAAUAAUUCAAAGGAAUUUGGUCAGUUAGCAUAUGAGCUGCUAGAUCAGUCUUACAAGCAUGAUGAACAGGUGGCUAUGAAGCUGCUGACUUAUGAGUUAAAGAACUGGAGCAACUCCACCUGUCUGAAACUGGCUGUGGCUGCCAAACACAGAGACUUCAUAGCUCACACCUGUAGCCAGAUGCUGCUCACUGACAUGUGGAUGGGCUGCCUACGAGUGGGGAAAAGCAAUGGACUCAAGGUGAUCAUUGGAAUCAUUUGUCCUCCAGCCAUCCUUCUCCUGGACUUCAGGACUGGUGAUGAUCUGUCUUACCAAAACUCCAAAGACAAAGAAGAGGUUAAAGACAAGGAGGAUGAUAACAAAUCCAGCAAGGAUGGCACUGUGAGCAUGGAUGCAGUAUCUAAGAAAGGUGAUGAGGAAGAUGGUAAAAAGAACCAGAAACGAGUGCCCAUUGGGAAGAAGAUUUACUAUUUUUAUAACGCUCCAUUUACCAAGUUCUGGUUCAAUACGACUGCCUACCUGGUGUACCUGAUGCUGUACAAUUACAUCAUCCUGGUGAAAAUGGAGAGAUGGCCCUCUUUACAGGAAUGGAUUGUCAUCUCCUACAUCAUCACUCUUGGACUGGAGAAAGUUAGACAGAUCCUGAUGUCAGAGCCAGGAAAGCUGAAACAGAAGUUAAACGUAUGGCUUGAAGAGUACUGGAAUAUCACUGACAUGGCAGCCAUCACAAUGUUCCUUAUGGGACUGUUACUGCGCUUACAGAAUGAGCCUUAUAUGGGCUACGGACGGGUCAUCUACUGCGUACAUAUCAUCUUUUGGUACAUUCGUGUCCUCGACAUCUUUGGAGUUAACAAGUACUUGGGACCGUAUGUCAUGAUGAUUGGUAAAAUGAUGAUUGACAUGCUCUACUUUGUGGUAAUCAUGCUGGUGGUUCUUAUGAGUUUUGGUGUGGCACGUCAGGCCAUUCUGCACCCUGACGAAGAGCCGACAUGGCGCCUGGCAAGGAAUAUUUUCUACGUGCCCUACUGGAUGAUCUAUGGAGAAGUGUUUGCUGACUCGAUAGACCUCUAUGCAAUGGAGAUUAAUCCACCCUGUGGUGAGAACAUGUAUGAUGAGGAUGGAAAGAAGCUUCCUCCAUGUAUACCCGGGGCCUGUUUCACACCUGCCAUUAUGGCCUGCUACUUACUGGUAGCCAACAUCCUACUGGUCAACCUGCUCAUUGCUGUGUUCAAUAACACAUUCUUCGAAGUGAAGUCCAUCUCCAACCAAGUGUGGAAGUUCCAGCGUUACCAGCUCAUCAUGACGUUCCAUGAUCGGCCAGUCCUGCCUCCUCCCCUCAUCAUCUUCAGCCACAUAUACAUUGUGCUGAAGCGCCUGUGCUGCCGCUGUAGGAAGAAACAGCAAGGAGAGCUGGACGAGAGAGACCGCGGGCUUAAGUUGACUCUGAGUCCAGAAGAAUUGAAGAGUUUGUAUGAAUUUGAAGGACAGUGUGUGGAGGAGUACUUCAGAGAGAAGGAGGAUGAGGCACAGUCUUCCAAUGAUGAGAGAAUCCGGAUCACUUCACAGAGGGUGGAGAAUAUGUCUUUGCGUCUAGAGGAAGUGAACGAACGGGAGCACUCCAUGAAAGCCUCUCUGCAGACAGUAGACCUGCGCUUGGCUCAGCUAGAGGAGUUCUCUGGUCGCAUGAUGCACGCAGUAGAACGGCUGGCUGGCAUUGAUCGUUGUGAGCUGGUCCGCACUCGAUCAGGGAGCUCAUUGGCAUUCGAGCAAUCUGGCCUGCUUCGCCGCAGUAGCAUUAACAGUGCUGAUGACUACAGUUUGUACCACUGGCACAUGGAUGCAGAAGACCGUUCAACAGGUGAGGAGGCAUCAGGGGACAGGAAGGGCCAGACAGACUCAGAGAGACAUGGCAGUAUCAGCAGCAAUGAGACACUUCUGAAUCCUCAGCAGGUUUCUUCCUACGGUCCCACACUGGACGUGGUCCCCCUUUGGCAACGGACACGCUCUAGCUCCAGUGUGGACAUUCUCAUCUCUCCCUGUGAGACGCAGAGUAGGGGCCAGAACUCUCAAACCCCAAAACUCAUUACCACUCAGCCUCCAAAAUAUCCACAGGCUCUGCUGGAUGCAGCAACAGUACAAGCUGGGAUGGUGGUGGAGAGGGUGAGGUUGGACAUAGCAGUCUCGCAUCCUCUGGAGAGAGCGCAGUCACUGAGGCAGUACCCGACUGAAGCACAGAGUAACUUGCUUUCUUACGAGAAUAGAUCCCAGAGCGGUACUGUAUAUGACUCUGUGGCACAGCCAAUGUUGGGGAGUCAGAGGAGUACGUGGGCUUCAGUGCCCCAUGGCCUACAGGAUCAAGCAAGUAGAUCUCCAACCACAGGUCGCUGGCCCCCAUGCUUUGAUUACAAAGUUCAUCCCUCCCCAUUUACAUGCAAGAUGUCUUCAGAUACUAGACCAAGACAGUUAGAGGACAGAGAUAAAGAAGGAUCUUCUAAAGAGAGCAUGAGGAUGAAAAAAAGAAAACAAAAAGAGGACAGUGAUGAGAAGAAAGAUGAGAAUGAGACUGAGGCAAAUAGCAGGAGGGAGAGCAUCAAAAAAGAGGAAGAGAAGAGAGAGCAGCUGACAGACUCAGAUCACUUGUAUGUAGCAGAGGACAGGAUAUACUCUGCUCUCAGAUCUAAGAGUCUGAACACUGACCCACGAAAGGUGAAGGCUGUAGGGGACAUUCUGGAUAAGCCUCUAGCAGCCAGUAGCGUAAAAGACCUAGCUGGGGCCUGUGAAGUCAACACCAAUGACUACAGACCCUCCAGAGAGAGGACAGGCACACAGACAUGAGAUGUAAUAAUGGAUUUUUAUCUGCCACAGCAAGAUAAUCACAGUAAUUGUAGUAUAAAGAAGUCAUAAGGAGAGCACUAGUGAGAGUGUAAAAGGAAAUUAUCUUUACACUGGGGUUGUUUUUCACAAAUUAUUUUCCAGUAUGGAGUACACUUCUAGCUAAUGGUACACUAGUACAGCUUGUUCACUUAUGUCUAACAGACAAUUUAAAUAUUUAAUUAGGAAAGAAAACUUGUGUUAUUUUAAUCAUGAAACCUGUUAAUAAAAAAGGGAAAUAAGGGGCUGCCUCUAUAUUAUAGAUAUGAAGUAUCCCAUUUUUUUCUAAAUAAAAGGAAAGAUAACUGGUGAUCUGAUUACAUCACCUCUCUUGUAAUGGACUUAGCAUUUGCCUUGUCCAAAUAGAUAAAGUAUUAUUCUGUAUAAUGUGAUAAAAUGUCAAAAUGAAGCACAUCUACAUAACUUAGAAAAGAUAUUUUAAUUUUUUUACAUAAUCAGUUAACACUGACAUAUUACAGAACAGACGAUAAAAUGUCAUAUGGGAGGUUGAGUGCUGUCACUGUUUCACUGUAAAAUAUGCAAGUGUGCCUGCAUGCAUAUUCAAAUCAUGAAUUCAGAGCCAUUUGCAAUAGCAAGCCUCUGAGCAGGAACUGUCAAACAGAUGCACAACACCCAAUGGAACUCAAGCAAUCAUACAACCUUUAACAGAAACAGCAGAAUCAAUCAUUCAUUAAUUUUGAGUAACUUAAAGAGAUUGCAAAUUCCCCUUGAAUCACCACAGGCUGCCUUCAGGUUUGAAUUCUUUGCUUUUUGCAUUUGAAAUAACCAGGCCAACAUUGAAUCUGCACAUUGAAAGCAACAGGUUUCAGAGUUGUAAUGCCUUUCCCGCCCCUUGCGUGUUCAUUUAUUGAUUAUUUUGGCUAAUUUGAUUAUGCCUUAAGCUACCAAAAAGAUGUUUAAUUUAAAUUAAUUCAUAAGAAUUCCAGAAAAUGCAAAAGUCUGUAGAUUCAAUCUGGGCCUGGUAAAACCUAAUAAGGUGACAGGAGUAAACACAUUAAGGCUUGUACAACCUUGCAUUCUUUUUUGAGCGAUUGAGACUGAUUUCACAAGGAGGAUCAGUGGUUUAUGAAGCGAGGCAGCUCUACGAGAGAGCCACACACACAGAUAACAGUGCAUGACAUACAUAAAAAAGAUACUAUUGCAAGUAGUACUGUAAACACUACACAAUUUCACACUCAAAGAGUCUUAUAAAAGAGGGAAUUAAAAAAGACAAAUACAGAAUACUGUGAUGCCAUUAAAUUGAGUAAUAAAAUAAGUAUUAACAAUAAAUCGAUGAAUCUCACACAAGCACAGGUUAACAUGCCUUAGGUGGUUUAUAUGCAGUGGUAAGUAAAAGAUGAUUAUGUUGGUAGAGUAAAAAAAUAUAAUACCAUUAGUAAAUGUAAUACUGUAUACUGUAUAUUCUAAUAUACAGGGCCUAGCUGAGGCAUAGCUAGCUGCUGCUUCAACAAGCAUGACGAAAAGGAUUUUUGUGUGUUUGUGUAUGUAAUUUACGAGUGAUUAAAACCAAAGAAAGAAAUAAAAUAAUUUUGACCUUGAACAAAAAAAAAAAA